UCUGCCGCCGACGGUGGCUACUUUUUGCCCUCAACCAGACAACUUUUAUGUUUGCCGGCGCGGAAGAAGACGGCUGCUUUUCCGUGUGAAAAGAGGGACGCCGGAGUGUCGCGGAGGCCGCCAUGGGGUGCUGUUACAGCGGCGAGGACGAGGCGGCAGAGCAGGAUCCUGAACGCAAGCCGCUGAUCACGCACCCAAACCCGGUCAGCAAACCCCCAAAUGGCACGGACUGGAUCAGUCCCACCGUGCCCUCGGCCAGGACGGACGAACAGGCCCUGCUCACCUCCAUCCUCACCAAGACGGCACAGAACAUCAUCGACGUGUCGGCGGCUGACUCAGUCAUGAUGGAGCAACAUGAAUACAUGGACAAAGCUCGACAAUACAGUACAAAACUUGUUGCAUUUAGCAGCAGCAGUCUUCAAAAGAAAGCCCUGGUUCUCCCCUCCUUCACCAGCCAGCCCCACCAAGUGCUGGCCAGUGACCUGGUGCCAUACUCGGACGUGCAACAGACGAUGAACGCUCGUCAAGAAGAACGUCCCCUUCAGCAGCAGGAGGAUGCACAGCCCCCCCACAUUAAAGAAGAAGAGGAGGAUCUCUGGGUUACUCAGGAGGAAGAGUUUCUUCCAGGGCAGAAGGAGACUGAUCUCAGCAAACAAAUGCUACACAGCUCCAUGCUGGUGCUGAGAGGAAAAACAUGUGUCUUCAACAGUUGGGCAAGACAACCACAAGGUGGCGUAGGCCGCACCAGCACUUGUGUGGCUCAACCAUGA